AUGUAUCGGCGUCUCACAGCACUCUGCCCCGUGUAUAGAUUAAGUGGGGUUUGCGGGAAUGCCGUCCGCAAAUGCAGUUCACAGACAGUGGAGGGCGCUUUGGGCUCUAAAGUUGGAGAAAAGGCAGGCGUGAAAUCCACAGCCGCGUUUACACCAACUGGACCGAAAAGAAAGGAUUGGCGCACACACAAGGAGGUCGUUUACGUCAAGGGAAUUCCAAUGAAGGGCAGCAUAUUUAAACUUCCAAUAAAGGAGCAAAUUCUCAUCUGCGUCAUAUUUUCCAUCACCGGGGCAGCGGCAGUCAUGUUUGUGCGGCCUGUUAUUCGUUCUCUUGUGAAGGACGGAUUUCUGGGGCUACCAGAAGAUAGUGGAUGGGUGAAAGGCCCAUGGCUUUACCGUUUUUUAUACAUCGCCAUCAUGUACCCUGCCUACUCGCUGUUGCUCUUUAUUAUCGGAUCCAUUUUUGGUCGUCGUGUCUGGUUCUCGUUUAUGAUUCAUAAAAUGUGGUCUCGUUUCCUGACGAAGAAUGCGGCAAGGCGCCUUGAGUACUUUUUGGAUUUGCAACACUAUUGA